AUGGGUCGUCCUGGGGUUCAGAUGUGGACAUGGACACUGUUUGUUUGUCUGAGUUGGAUGUGCGUGGAUCAAGCCGUGGCAGGGCCGCAGUACAUGGUAGCCAUUCCUGCGGUCAUCGAAGCCGGAGCUGAAACGCCUUUCUGUGCAACUCUUCUAAAGCCCAACGAGACUCUGGUCAUGACCGUCACUUUAAGGUCCCAAGAGCAAAACAUGACUCUAAUGGAGGAGACGUCCAGUCAGGAGUUUCACACCUGCAUUAAGUUUCAGGCUCCUUUAGUCCACAAUCAGGUUCAGAAGUUGGAGGUGGAGGUGCGAGGACAAACAUUUUACUCAAAAGAAGUCCGAAAAGUCAUGUUCAGAACCUACAAAUCAAGCACAUUCGUCCAAACAGAUAAACCAAUCUACCUUCCAGGACAAACAGUGCAAUUCAGAGUCAUCUCACUGGACAGCAAGUUCAGGCCUGUCAAUCAGUCGUACAAUGUCAUUGAACUGGAGGAUUCUGUAAGUAACAGGAUCGGACAGUGGAUGAUGAAAAGCUCUGAUGGCAAAAUAUUACAGCUUUCUUACUCAUUGAACUCUGAGGCCCGUGAAGGAACCUACAACGUCAUCGUGCAGAUGGGUGAACAGAAAAUCCGUCACAGUUUUAAGGUGGAGAAAUACGUUCUGCCAAGAUUUGAAGUAAAAAUAGAAACACCUGAGACAGUUAGUAUCGGGCAAGAAGACAUCAAAGCUCAAAUAUGUGCAAAGUAUACAUACGGACAGCCUGUGCCAGGCAAUGUCAAAAUUGAGUUGCUCCGACCAUUCAAGCGCAUAAGAUACAUGAUCCCUAUAUUUCCAGGCGGGACCCCUGAUAUACUUUCCUUUUCCUAUAGGGAGAUACAACAGGCGGACAAGUCAGGCUGUUCAACUUUUGUCAUCAAGAUGUCCAAUUUCACAGAACCUAAGGUGAGAUUGCUGCAUGACAUUCUGCUGCAUGACUCUCUGCUGCAUGACUCUCUGCACCUGACGGCCAGUGUGGAGGAGGAAGGAACAGGUAUCUCACACCAAAGUCAGAAGAGGUUGGAGAUCACGUAUGUUAUUGGAAAGUUCAUCUUUAUGGACACACCCAAGUUUUACGAGCAGGGAUCUGUCGUGGAGGGAAAAGUCAAAGCGGUUCGUUACGAUGGUACACCCAUCGCUAACAUGGUGGUGUAUCUGCUCGAGGGUAGUAGGUGGUCGCUACGUCUGCUGCAGAAUGUCACAACUGACAGCGAAGGUAUCGCCAAUUUCUCGAUUAGCACAGCCGAGAUAAACAGAGACAUCCAGCUCACGGCAAGCAGCAAACCCCACAAUGUGCAUGAAAACCAUCAGACUCCGUUCUAUCAAAGUGGAGAGCACACAGUGUCGCAGAUCAAACCUUUAACUCAAGAGACUAAAACGAUCAGCUCCUUGGAGGUGCAGAAGAAGGAUAGAACACUCGCCUGCGACACAGAGGAAGACCUCCACAUCAAGUUUUUUGUAGUCGGGGAAGCUCAGGGCAAAGCAGAUGUGAUGUAUCUGGUCUUAUCCAGAGGAGCCAUCGUGAUGCAAGGAUCCAAACAGAUUGAAGUGCAGGAUAAACCAAUGACCGAGGGCCAGAUGUCCUUUAAGCUGAGAGUGUCUCCAGAGAUAGCCCCAGUCGUCCAGGUGGUGGCGUACGCCGUCCUCCCCAGUGAGACGGUGAUCGCCCACAGUGCUGAGUUCACCACAGAGAAAUGCUUCAGUCACAAGGUGUCUCUGGAGUUUUCUCCGUCCUCAGCUGUCCCAGGUGAGGAAAACACCCUGCAGGUGACCGCCCAUCCUGACUCUCUGUGUGGUCUGAGCGCUGUGGACCAGAGCGUCCUCAUCAAAGAGCCAGGGAAAACUCUGACAGUCGACAAGAUAUUCGAUUUGUUGCCUGUGACAAAAUCAACUUCUAUUCCAAAUGCAGCUGAAGACCCUUUUGGGUGCCUUCAGAUGAGAUCUAGAAGAAGCAUUGUCCCUUACUCCAGACGCAGCACCACGGAUGAUGCUUACAAGGUUUUCCAGAAUGUAGGACUGAAGAUGGCAACCAAUUUGUUUAUUCGAAUGCCUUCAUGCGUCACGUUCAGAGGACAGAUAUUCCGCCAAGAAUACGACCAUAAUCCUUACAGAUCCUCCACAUAUAGGAAAAGGAUUGGACUUCACGGUUUCCCUGGGAAAAUGCCUAAAAAGAUAGAGGUAGAGAUAGAGGCUGCACUUGUGGAGACAGUCCGCAGUUUUUUCCCUGAGACUUGGAUAUGGGACCUGGUGGAAGUUGGAGCGUCUGGAACCAAAGUCAUCCCCCUCACCGUCCCUGACACCAUCACCACCUGGGAGACGGAGGCUUUCUGUUUGUCCCCUCAAGGUUUCGGCUUGGCUCCUCGUAAAGAGCUCACCGUCUUCCAGCCCUUCUUCCUGGAGCUCAGCCUGCCGUACUCCAUCAUCCGAGGGGAGAACUUUGAGCUGAAGGCAACUGUCUUCAACUACCUGUCCAGCUGCAUCAUGGUCACUAUGACUCCAACUCCCUCCUUGGAUUACACCCUCACCCCUCUCUCUGGUGACCAGUACACAUCCUGUUUGUGUGGCAACGAGCGCAAGACCCUCAGCUGGAUCAUGGCCCCCGCAGCCUUAGGGGAUGUAAACGUGACUAUGACCGCUGAGGCUGUGGCGUCCCAUGCUUCCUGUAACAAUGAGAUCGUGAACGUCCCAGAGAGAGGUCGUAUCGACGUGGUCACAAAAUCUCUCAUAGUGAAGGCUGAAGGAACCGAGAUGACAAAGACCCACAACUGGCUGCUCUGUCCUAAAGAUGAGGCUUUGACGGAGGAAAUAAACAUACAGCUUCCUGCUAACGUGAUUGAUGGAUCUGCUCGUGCUCUUGUUUCAGUCCUGGGUGACAUCCUGGGCCGAGCUCUGAAGAACCUGGACGGGCUGCUGCGGAUGCCGUACGGAUGUGGCGAACAGAACAUGGCGCUCCUAGCCCCUAACAUCUACAUCCUCCAAUACCUGAAAAACACCCAGCAACUGACCCCCAAAAUCAUGGAUAAGUCGGCUAACUUCCUGACCAGUGGCUACCAGAGACAGCUGAACUACAAACAUGCUGGAGGUGCUUACAGCACGUUUGGAACGGGAUCGGGGAACACCUGGCUGACAGCUUUCGUGGUGAGAUCCUUUGCCAAAGCACAGUCCUUCGUCUUCAUCGACCCAGUAAAGAUUCAAGAGUCAAAGACCUGGCUGGAGAGCAAGCAGCGGGAACAAGGCUGUUUUGAAAAGUCGGGAAAACUCUUCAACAACAGAAUGAAGGGCGGUGUGUCUGAUGAAGUGACUCUCACUGCCUACAUCAUUGCUGGCUUCCUGGAGAUGAACACGUCUGUUAGUAAUCCUGUGGUGAGCAACGGCCUGUCCUGUCUCAAGGCGUCCUUGGGUGACCUCAGCAACACCUACGCCACAGCACUGAUGGCGUACGUCUUCACCCUGGCUGGAGACUUGGAGACCCGAGGCCAGCUCCUGAGGCACCUUGACACAGUAGCAAUACGCUCAGGAGGUUACCUCCACUGGUCUCAGUCAGCGACAGACACCUCCUACCCUCUUUCUGUGGAGAUCAGCUCUUAUGUGCUGCUGUCCGUACUCAGUGUCUCUCCUUCUGCUGAAGAACUGGGAUACUCCACCGGCAUCGUCAGAUGGCUGACCACCCAGCAGAACUAUUACGGAGGCUUCUCCUCCACACAGGACACAGUGGUGGCUCUGCAGGCUCUGGCUCUCUACUCCACUCGUGUGUUCAGUCCAGAAGGUUCAAGCACAGUGGCGGUCCAGUCUCCCAGCGGUCAGCUGAUGUUUGACGUGAACCAGGACAACAAGCUGCUCUACCAGGAGGAGCUGCUGAAGGAUGGGACAGGAAAGUACAGCCUGGAGGUGAAGGGAACUUCCUGUGCUUCCAUUCAGAUUUCUCUUCACUACAACAUCCCAACUCCUACUGAUGGCACCAAGCUCAGGGUGGAGGUCCAACCUGAAGCCCUUUGUGGAGGCACUUCUAACAGACGCAAGCUUACUCUGAAGACCAAGACCCUAUACUACGGUGAGGAGCCGACUACGAACAUGGUGAUCCUGGACCUCAAAAUGCUCUCUGGAUUUAUCCCGAACCCUGAGUCUCUGAAGAAGCUCAAAGGCGCCCUGCUGGUGGAUCGUGUUGAACAGAACAAAGACCAUGUUUUGGUGUAUCUUAAGGAGUUGCCAAAGGACAUAACCAUCGAUCUUGAGUUAGAGCUCAUCCAGGAGAUCCAAGUGCAGAACCUGAAGCCAGCUGUGGUCAACAUCUAUGACUACUACCAGCCAAAUGACCUGGCUGAGACCCAGUACACCGACCCCUGUUCUACAGCUUGACCACAGAUGUUGUCUUGAUGGUCCCAAGAAGAUUCUGAAUAAACCUACAUUUUGUUCAAAGUCA